AUGGGAUGUCCCUUGAUCCAGCAGCUUAGGUCUUGCAAUUCCCUGGCCGAGGCUCAUCAAAUUCACGCCCAGAUCCGUUGCGACGGCCUGGGCGUCGAUUCCUACACCUGCAAUGUGAUGAUCCAGGCCUAUGGUCGAUGCGGCAGCGCCCAGCAAGCCCGAUUGAUCUUCGAUGCAAUGAAGAGCAGGGACAAAUUCUCCUGGGACUCGAUCCUCACGGCCUACACCCGCAAUGGGCACCUGGAAGAAGCCUGGUUGAUCUACAACGCCAUGGAGGAAUGGGGGCUCUUUGCGAUGAAUGCGAUGCUGGGCGCGCUGGCGUCGAUCGGCAGCAUCCACGAUGCCAAGCAAUUCUUCGAUUCGAUGCCCGGGAGGGACCUUGUCUCCUGGACGCUGCUGCUCAACGCCCUGACACGACUGGGGCUCUUGGACGAGGCCCAGGAGCUCUUCAAUCGAUUCCCCGAGACUGAUCUAGUGGCCUGGACGACGGUGUUGAUUUGGCACGCGCGUGGUGGGAGGCUAGCGCGCGCAAAAUCUCUGUUCGAUGCGAUGCCGGAGCGCGAUCUCGUCUCCUGGACUGCGUUGUUUUGGGCAUUUGCCCAGGCGGGGAAUCUCCAGGAAGCUAAAGAGCUAUUCGAUUCCAUUCCGGAACGCGACACUGUAGCGUGGACGGCCAUGAUGUCGGCGUACGGCCAGAAUGGCCACCUGAUGGAUGCCAGAAAGACGUUCGAUUCCAUUCCGGAACGGAAUAUCUACACGUGGACGGACAUGAUGAUAACAUAUGCUGAAAGCGGGCAUCUGGGUUUUGCAAAGAGAAUGUUCGAUUCUAUGCCGGAAUGGAAUCUUGUGUCGUGCACCGCCAUGCUAAUAGCUUACGCGCGAUCGGGACAUUCUAAAGAUGCCGAAAGAAUAUUCUAUGCUAUGAAAGAAACCAACACGUACACGUGGACGGCAAUGAUUGCGGCAUUUGCCCAACACGGCCAAGUGGAGAAAGCAAAGGAGCUCUUUGAGAGAAUGCCCGAGAUUAACUUGUACGUGUUAACAUCAUUGUUGUCAGCUUACGCUCAAAACGGGUAUCUUAAACACAGUAAGCUUAUCUUUGAUCAGAUGGAAGAACAUUCCAUAAUUUCGUGGAAUGUGAUGCUAGAUAUGUACGCCCAAGCCGGGCAUUUGGAGGAAUUGAAGUGCCUAUUUGAUUCUAUGCAAGAAAAAGACCUAAGUUCUUACAAUAUAAUGCUGUCAAGCUUUGCCCAACAUGGUUACCUUAAAGAAGCGAAACUAAUUUUUGAUAAAAUGGAAAUCAGAAAUCUAAUAUCAUGGACUGCCUUACUUACUGCAUAUACCCAAAACGGUCAUCUGGAUCGAGCCAAAAGGACAUUUCAAGGCUUGCUAAGCCAAGAUGUAAUCCUUUGGAACUCGAUUAUUGGUGGCUUCGCACAAAAUGUAGAGUCAAGGGAAGCGAUCCAGCUCUUUUACGAGAUGAAUCUUGUGGAAACCCCGGACGAAGUCACAUUUUUGUGUGUGCUCCUGGCGUGGUCACACAAAGGAGAGGUGUUCUCUGGAAGAAACUUGUUCCGAUCGAUUUGCUUUGAUUUUGAAAUGGCCCACAAGAAGCAGCAUUACAGCUGCUUUCUGGGAUUGCUCAGUCGAGCUGGUUACUUGAGCGAGGCUGAAGAACUCAUAGCCACCAUGCCAUUUGCGGCCGAGAAUUUAGACUGGACGUGCCUAUUAGGAGCCUGUAAGAGUUACAGGGAUGAGAAGCGAGGAAGUUUUGCGAGUCAAAACGUCUUGGGCUUGGACCCAUCGAAUGGUUCCGCUUAUGUGUUGCUAGCAAAUCUGUAUUCGGCAAAAGAGAGAAAGAAAAUUCCACAUGUCAUGUCGUGA